ACCGGUCCAUCUUAUGGACGUAAAUUCAUGACUGGCUUCUUGUCAUCAGUGGGGGUUCGGGCAGGAGAGUGUCGAGUGGGAAAGAUACUCAGAGAAGUACAUCAGCCGUACAAUGAGCUACGCUGUCAGGGUGCGAGAAACUUAAAUCCCAUUCCCUACUACGCUGGACAUAUGGGACACAAACUACAUAUAGACCAAAAUGAAAAAAUGGUCAUGUUUGGAGCAACACACAUUUUGGCUAUUGAUGGUUUUAGUAGCAAAAUUGUUGCUCAAGCCACAAUGCCAGUGAAGAACAACCUGGUUACUUAUGACCAAGUUUACAGAACUGCUGUUGCAAACAAUGGGAUGUGGGUUCAGCUAAGAGUGGAUCAUGGUCGGGAGUUUUACCUCAGUCUGUAUGUACAAAAAAAGCUUUCCCAGCACAGACACAACACAAGCAGACCACCAUAUGUACAGACAACCUCUUCAAAGAAUCUUCGCAUUGAACGUAUU